UCUCCAGAGCACUGGUCACCGGGUCUGAACCCGUACUCGUGACUUUUCUCGGUGCGGUAUCCAGCGGCCUCCGCCCCGCGCUCCCGGCGGGCAAACCCCUGCCGUCCCAAACGAUGAGCCCGACCCGACGCUGCCGGCGUCGGCUUUGGGAGCGGCUGGCGAUCCGUCCUAGCUUCUGUCCUGCUUCCCGCCCGGACGGGAGAGGAGACCUUGAGUCCCCCGGGCCGUCCCGGCGCCGAGAGCUAAAUGGCGCGGCGAGGAAGGCGGGCGGAGAGUCGCGGGACACUUUUUCCUCCUGCUCUGGAGUUGGUGGCCACUCACACCUGGGAGCUGCUGCGGACCGGUCUCCGCGCGCGCCUGUCCCUGAGCCCCGAGCGCCCGGGAGCGACCAUGCCCCGAAAAGGCACCCAGCCCUCCACGGCCCGACGCAAAGAGAAGGGGACACUGGCUUCCCCAGACCCCGCCAGCAGCGACGCUGAAUCGGAGCCGCCGUCCGGCCGCGCCGAGAGCCCAGCCGCCGCCGCAGAGCCUACAGAUGAGCAACUUGAUAACCGGAGUUUAGAAGAGAUUUUGAAUAGUAUUCCUCCACCCCCACCUCCAGCAAUGACGAAUGAAGCUGGAGCUCCUCGGCUUAUGAUAACUCAUAUUGUAAACCAGAACUUCAAGUCCUAUGCUGGGGAAAAAAUUCUGGGACCUUUCCAUAAGCGCUUUUCCUGUAUUAUUGGGCCAAAUGGCAGUGGCAAAUCCAAUGUUAUUGAUUCUAUGCUUUUUGUGUUUGGCUAUCGAGCACAAAAAAUAAGAUCUAAAAAAUUGUCAGUACUAAUACAUAAUUCUGAUGAACACAAGGAUAUUCAGAGUUGUACUGUAGAAGUUCAUUUUCAAAAGAUAAUUGAUAAGGAAGGGGAUGAUUAUGAAGUCAUUCCUAACAGUAAUUUCUAUGUAUCCAGAACGGCCUACAGAGAUAAUACUUCUGUCUAUCACAUUAGUGGGAAGAAAAAGACAUUUAAGGAUGUUGGGAACCUUCUUCGAAGCCAUGGGAUUGACUUGGACCAUAAUAGAUUUUUAAUAUUGCAGGGUGAAGUUGAACAAAUAGCUAUGAUGAAACCAAAAGGCCAGACUGAACAUGAUGAGGGUAUGCUUGAAUAUUUAGAAGAUAUAAUUGGCUGUGGACGACUAAAUGAACCUAUUAAAGUCCUGUGUCGAAGAGUUGAAAUACUAAAUGAGCACAGAGGAGAGAAGUUAAACAGGGUUAAAAUGGUGGAAAAGGAAAAGGAUGCCUUAGAGGGAGAGAAGAACAUAGCCAUUGAAUUUCUUACCUUGGAAAAUGAAAUAUUUAGAAAAAAGAAUCAUGUUUGUCAGUAUUACAUUUAUGAUCUGCAGAAACGAAUUGCUGAAAUGGAGAUACAAAAGGAAAAGAUUCAUGAAGAUACCAAAGAAAUUAAUGAGAGGAACAAAAUACUGUCAAAUCAAAUGAAAGCUAAGAAUAAAGCUGUACAAGAUAUAGAGAAGAAACUCAAUAAAAUUACAAAGUUUAUUGAGGAAAAUAAAGAAAAAUUUACACAGCUGGAUUUGGAAGAUGUUCAAGUUAGAGAAAAAUUAAAGCAUGCUACUAGUAAAAGCAAAAAACUGGAGAAACAACUUCAAAAAGAAAAGGAAAAGGUUGAAGAAUUUAAAAGUAUACCUGCCAAGAGUGAGAACGUCAUAACUGAGUCAACAACUAGAAACAAUUUUCUUGAAAAAGAAAAAGAGAGAGAAGAGAAAAAAUUAAAGGAAGUUAUGGAUAGUCUUAAACAGGAAACACAAGGGCUUCAGAAGGAAAAAGAAAGUCGAGAGAAAGAAUUCAUGGGUUUCAACAAAUCUGUAAAUGAAGCACGUUCAAAGAUGGAGGUAGCCCAGUCAGAACUUGAUAUCUACCUCAGUCGAUAUAAUACCGCAGUAUCUCAAUUAAGUAAGGCAAAAGAAGCUCUGAUUGCUGCUUCUGAGACUCUCAAAGAAAGGAAAGCUGCAAUCAGAAAUACAGAGGCAAAACUGCCUCAAACGGAACAAGAAUUAAAGGAGAAAGAAAAAGAACUUAAAAGACUUACACAAGAAGAAAUAAACUUCAAAAGUUUGGUUCAUGAUCUUUUCCAAAAAGUUGAAGAAGCAAAGGGUUCCUUAGCAAUGAAUCGAAGUAGAGGGAAAGUACUUGAUGCAAUAAUUCAAGAAAAAAAAUCUGGCAGGAUUCCAGGAAUAUAUGGAAGACUGGGGGACCUAGGAGCCAUUGAUGAAAAAUAUGAUGUGGCUAUUUCAUCCUGUUGCCAUGCCUUAGACUACAUUGUUGUUGAUUCUAUUGAUACAGCCCAAGAAUGUGUAAACUUCCUUAAAAGACAAAAUGUUGGAGUUGCAACCUUUAUAGGUUUAGAUAAGAUGGCAGUCUGGGCCAAAAAAAUGACCAAAAUUCAAACUCCUGAAAAUACUCCUCGGUUAUUUGAUUUAGUUAAAGUAAGAGAUGAGGAUAUUCGCCAAGCUUUUUACUUUGCUUUACGAGAUACCUUGGUAGCAGACAACUUGGAUCAAGCCACAAGAGUAGCAUAUCAAAAGGAUAGAAGAUGGAGGGUCGUAACUUUACAGGGGCAAAUCAUAGAACAGUCAGGUACAAUGACUGGUGGUGGAAGCAAAGUAAUGAAAGGAAGAAUGGGUUCUUCGGUUGUUGAAAUCUCUGAGGAAGAGGUAAAUAAAAUGGAAUCACAGUUGCAAAGAGAUUCUGCAAAAGCAACGCAAAUCCAAGAACAAAAAGUACAAGUUGAAGAAGCAGUAGUUAAGUUACGACAUGAACAACGAGAAAUGAAGAAUACACUAGAAAAGUUUACUGCAAGCAUCCAGCCAUUGUCAGAGCAAGAAGAAUAUUUGAGUGUACAAGUUAAGGAACUUGAAGCUAAUGUACUUGCUACCGCCCCUGACAAAAAAAAGCAGAAAUUGCUAGAAGAAAAUGUCAAUAUUUUCAAAACAGAAUAUGAUGGUGUGGCUGAGAAAGCUGGUAAAGUAGAAGCUGAGGUUAAACGAUUACACAAUAUCAUCGUGGAAAUCAAUAACCAUAAACUCAAGGCCCAACAAGACAAACUUGAUAACAUAAAUAAGCAACUAGAUGAAUGUGCUUCUGCUAUUACUAAAGCCCAAGUAGCAAUCAAGACUGCUGACAGAAAUCUUAAAAAGGCACAAGACUCUGUGUUUCGCACAGAGAAAGAAAUAAAGGAUACUGAGAAAGAAGUACAUGACUUAACAGCAGAGCUAAGAAGUCUUGAGGAAAAAGCAACAGAGGUCAUAAAAAAUACAAAUGCUGCAGAGGAGUCCUUACCAGAGAUUCAGAAAGAACAUCGUAAUCUGCUUCAAGAACUAAAAGUUAUUCAAGAUGAUGAACAUGCCCUUCAGAAAGAUGCACUUAGUAUUAAGCUGAAACUUGAACAAAUAGAUGGUCACAUUACUGAACAUAAUUCUAAAAUAAAAUAUUGGCGAAAAGAGAUUUCAAAAAUAUCACUGCAUCCUAUAGAAGAUAAUCCUGUUGAAGAGGUUUCUGUUCUAAGCCCAGAGGAUCUUGAAACAAUUAAGAAUCCAGAUUCUAUAACAAAUCAAAUUGCACUCUUGGAAGCUCAGUGUCAUGAAAUGAAACCAAACCUUGGUGCCAUUGCAGAGUAUAAAAAGAAAGAAGAAUUAUAUUUGCAGCGGGUUGCGGAAUUGGAUAAAAUUACUUCUGAAAGAGAUAAUUUUAGACAGGCAUAUGAAGAUCUUCGAAAACAAAGGCUUAAUGAAUUCAUGGCAGGUUUUUAUAUAAUAACAAAUAAGUUAAAAGAAAAUUACCAAAUGCUUACUUUGGGAGGAGAUGCUGAACUGGAACUUGUAGACAGCUUGGAUCCUUUCUCUGAAGGAAUCACGUUCAGUGUUCGACCUCCUAAGAAAAGUUGGAAGAAGAUCUUCAACCUUUCAGGAGGAGAGAAAACACUUAGUUCACUGGCCUUAGUAUUUGCUCUUCACCACUACAAACCUACUCCUCUUUACUUCAUGGAUGAGAUCGAUGCAGCCCUUGAUUUUAAAAAUGUGUCCAUUGUUGCAUUUUAUAUAUAUGAGCAAACAAAAAAUGCCCAGUUCAUAAUAAUUUCCCUUCGAAAUAAUAUGUUUGAGAUUUCUGACAGACUUAUUGGAAUUUACAAGACAUACAAUAUAACAAAGAGUGUUGCAGUAAACCCAAAAGAAAUUGCAUCUAAAGGACUUUGUUAAUAUGUUCAUACUGAAGAUUCAAGUUGAAUUGGCAUAAAUUUGGUGUACUGUGUUACUGGUUUUAUAUUGUAACAGUUACAAGUUGUAUAAAUUACAGAAUUCUAAACUAUGACAAAACUGCUUGUUUUAUGAUGUUAAGAAUCAUGUUACAAUGUUUGAAACUGCAAGGGAUUUAUUUAGCUCAUUGAUGCUGGGCCUGCCCCAGUACGGGGUCAGGAAUGGAGCAGUAGGAACACACUAACAAAAUGUCUAAAACAAUGUUCUGAGGCAGGAAGAUUACAGGUUCAAGCCAAGGCCGGGCAGUAAUUUAGCAAUACCCUGUUCUCAGUAAAAAAGGAACUGGGGUAGCAUACUAAAGGCCCUGGGUAAAUCCUCACUCAGUACCCCCAAAAUGAUUUUUUUCUCUGUAAUCAUUUGUAGAUGGAAAGAAUAAAAGGGGGUUUUCUGAGACAGGGUUUCACUGUAAUUAAUUCUGCCUUGAAUUCACUGUGUAUUCUAGAGUGGCCUCACAUUUGUGGCAACCCUCCUGCCUUGGCCUCUUAUGGCUACAGUUAAGGUAUCUACCACCACACCCACCAGGAUGAGUUUUGUAAGUGGCAGCCUAUUAAGUCAGAUUCUUGUAGGGUCAGGUGACAUGCCCUUGUUCCAGAAUAUUACCAGUAAGGUUAAGUUUGUUAGUUGAGAUAAAGUCCUAAACCUAGAUCUUGUCAAGCCUCAGCAUAUCUUCAGUGAACAUUGACCUACCCUGGAAAAAUCUGCUAAACUUGUCUUGCAUAAAUUUUCAAAGCAUUCUACUUUGUUUACUAAUUCUGACAAUCAUUACCCAAAUAAUGGGAACCUUUUUUUAUAGACCAGUCAUUAUU